AUGUCUGACAAAUUUCCGCCGAGGGAGUGCAAGGAUAUAUUCAUGGUUAUCGAUGCCUUUUCAUCUGCAAUUGGAACAUACGCCCUGACAGGGUAUUAUAGUCGGUUCAGUGACUUGGAUAGAGAAAAGCAAUCAGCAGCCUGCCUAGCCUGGAGAUUUUCCAAGAUAUCCAAAAUUCGAUCAAUUUAUAUCCUGUUCUCGACAGUUGCAAUCGGUGCGACGUAUAACAUGACCGGAAGUCCUCAUCAACUGGCCAUCAAGUGUACAGGAAUAGACCCGGUUAGAAGUAGUCCAAAAUACCGCCCGACUAUUGAAAGGGAUAGAUACAAGAUGAUGACUCAGGAAGAGUUGGUUCACCCAGACUUAAAGUUUGAUGCUAUAAUUAUUGGAAGUGGUGCAGGAGGAGGUGUGUGUGCUGCUGAACUAGCUCAAGCUGGAAUGUCCGUCCUUGUGAUCGAGAAGGGAAAAUAUUACCAUGAAAGUGAAUUCAGUUUGGAUAUUCAAACUUCUCUUGCGAGUAUGUAUGAGCAAAAAGCACCUUUCCUUUCUCGAAAUGGAACCGUCGCAUUUUUUGCUGGAAGUACUUUUGGUGGUGGGACAGCCAUUAACUUUGGAGCUAGUUUAAAGACCCAGCACUUUGUACGAGAGGAGUGGGCAAAUAAAGGUCUCACUCAUUUUACUUCAACAAAGUUCUCUGAUGACCUGGAGAAAGUUUAUCAAGCUCUUGGUGCCGAAACAUCUGGAAUUAAACAUUGUGGAGGAAAUCAGGUUCUUAUUGACGGCUGCAAGAAACUUGGUUACGAUGUCCGGGAUAUUCCUCAAAAUACAGGAGGAAGGCCACAUGAGUGUGGCUGGUGCUAUGCUGGAUGUAAAGACGGUGUCAAGAACAGUACAGCAAACUCUUGGCUAAGAACCGCAGAAAAGCAUGGGGCGCGCUUUGUAGAUAAUACCAAAGUGAAUAGGGUCAUAAUUACUGAUGGAAAGGUUGUGGGUGUUGAGUGCCAGUUGAAUGAGUCCAAAAAGAUGAUCCAUAUCAGUGCAUCUCGGGUUAUCGUUUCCAGUGGCACACUAAACUCUCCGGGAAUUCUUAUCAGAAGUGGGCUAAAGAACAAGAAUAUUGGAAGGCAUCUCCGUGUUCAUUGUGCUGUUGGUGUUAAUGGCGUAUUUGAUGAUCGCCAGAUAAACUCAAAUGAUGGAUCUAUUAUGACGGCGAUGACCAAUGUAUUUGAAAACGUAAACGGUGAUCAUUAUGGGCCCAAGCUUGAGGGUUUUCACUCUGACCCUGGAACAUUCGCUGUGGGGAUUCCAUGGUUGAGUACGAGGGAGCACAAAGAGGUUAUGCUUCGACAGCGACAGACAAGUUCUAUUCUUGUCAUGAUACGAGACAAGAAUUCAAAAGGACGUGUAGGCUAUGAUGAGACAGGGAAGAUUGAUAUUACGUUCAAGUUGUCCAACCACGACCGACUGUCGAUUGUCCAAGGCAUUGAAGGAGCUGUGAUGGUUUUGUGUGCGGCUGGGGCACGAGAGAUACACACUGGACUACUUGGAUUGAAGCCAUUUGUGUUUGGACCAGAAGAGACGGUUGAAGUUAAUAAUCCUCGUUUCAAGGAAUGGAUUAAAGACAUCCGGGCAAAUGGGUUUCCUGACAACGGCGGCGGUGUUGUGUCUGCUCAUCAGAUGGGAACUUGUCGAAUGGGAGUAUCUCCAAAGACAUCCGUGACCCGACCAACCGGGGAAGUGUGGGGUGUUGAUAACUUGUACGUCUGUGACGCCUCCCUUUUCCCAACCUCAAGUGGGGUUAAUCCGAUGGUGACAUGUCAGGCUAUUGCUCUUCAUGUAGCAGACUCUAUAAUCAAGUCGAGUAAAUAA